UGUUCAUUCCCACACCGUUAUCGGCUGUUAACAUCCAUUACCUCUUCUAUUCCUAAAUUAUUCUGGGCGUUCGUCCAGAUCAUGUCAUCUACGGACAUGCAUCUGGUUGUCAGUGUCGCCUUCCAAGACGCCGGGGACACUACCAGAGCCAUCGCCAUUGCGGCUGCCUUUCGGGAUAGUUGUCCUGCGUACUACAACCUCAAGAUCAGUUUCCUCUCCUGUGGUAGUCGGUUCGAGCAUCUUAUCACCAAUGCCGGGUUCCCUAUCGUCCCAGCGCAACCGCGCGUGAAAGGCAUCAGCGUAGCCCAUGACUUGGGCUGGGACUUUCCAGAGUUCUUCGGCUCGGAAGAGCUCGCUCGAACCUUCAUUGUUGGGCAGCUUGCUGCGUUCAAAGAGCUGCAACCCGACGUGGUUUUGCACGGGAUGUGGGCGCCGGCCAGCAUUGCAGCUCGCUUGAUGGGAAUCCGCACCAUUAAUUUUCUCCCCGUACCCCUUCAUCCGCGGAGCUUUGGGGAAGGUCUCAUUCGGGACCUGCCGGACCCUAUCCCCCUGUUUACACGCCUGCCUCGACCGCUUCGAACUCGUCUUGCGUGGAUGGGCAGUGAGCUGAUGCUCAACGCUCCCAUCUUCCGCCAACACAGGCUUGGUGCAGCCGCUGCAAGCUGUGGAUGGCCCAUCAAAGGACCAAUCAGUUUGUUCGACAUGAACAUGGCAGAUCUCAAUCUCGUCAAUGAUCACCCAAUAUUCCAUCAAGAUUACGCCGAUCAACUUCCAGAAAAUAUCGUCAUUACCGGGCCUUUAUACAACCAGACGGACGCAAAGCUGGACCCAGAAAUUGCUGCCCAUAUGACACAGGGACCUGGCCCUGCCAUUCUUGUUGCCAUGGGCAGUUCUGGAACCGAGGACUGGAUCUUCGAAGCGAUCAAGGCUUUCAAAAUGUACAAGGACGAUUACUGGAACGUCGUGGUUCUUGCUUCACCGUCCAUUUGCGCCAUUGAAGAUGCCAGAGCAGUGGCUGGUGGAGACCCUCGAAUUCUAGUCACUGACAAGUUCAUCCCAGCACCUGCGGCAAAUGCACUUGCAGAUGUCAUCGUCAUACACGGAGGUCAAGGCACUGUGCAGACUGCUCUUGCUGCAGGAAAACCAGUGGUUGGCGUUGCGCUUCAGAUUGAGCAACAAACGAAUCUGGAUAACGUCAUGAACGCUGGUGCUGGGAUACGCAUUCAAAGGCAAAACUGGAAAGCGAAAAAUAUCAGAAACGCUGUGAACACCAUCCUGAGAGACCCCAGUUAUAGACUCAAAGCGCAUGCUCUGGGGAAAGAGAUGCGUAGCAUAGAUGGUGCGAAGAAUGCUGCAAAUGAGAUGUGGAAAUUCGUCCUCGAGGAGCAAAGUGUCACCGUCAAAUACAACGACUAAGCAAAG